AUGGGGGAUGCUGAGGAGGCUCAAUUGAACGGCUUCGAAGUGAGCAUUGGUAUGUCGACCGACAGUGACUACCUCAUGUGCUUUUUCCACGUGGUUUCCAAUGUGAAGGUCGAGAUCACAACGGCUCAGCAGGAAAUGACCAAACUGAUCGAAGAAGCGACACUAACAGAUGGGUACGAGGGCGAGGUAGUGGCCGAGGACGUGGAAGCAGUCGAGGGCGACGCGGAAGACGAUUUGAGCUAG